AAGUACGGUUUAGUCUGCUCCUCUAGCGGACUCUCGGGAAGUGUGCACACAGACCACUCAAGAGCCCUUGCAAGCUUGAUAAAUAGUGGGCUGCAACUACCCGGAAGACUUCCCACGAACGCGUCCACAAAGUCUGCGAGUCUGCAAGUGCAGUGAAAUCCGAACAUUCGGGUGCAGCCGAAGAAGAAGAAGAAGAGGAACCAUCCGCGCAUGCCCGCGUUUAUUGGAUAAACAAAACUGUAUGACCGACCAGCAGCACAUUUGUAAACAAAGUCGCAUUCAGGUGUGACUAUGGGGAAGUCUUUUUCCCAGCUCACUAAGCAGUCAGAGGAUAAUGGUCCCGACAGUAUGACCUCUCCUCUGGAGGACACUCAGGAUGAGGAUGGGAAGGGUGGAGACGUCGCACAGUUUCCCUAUGUGGAAUUCACAGGACGGGACAGCGUGACAUGUCCCACAUGUCAGGGCACCGGAAGGAUCCCUAGAGGACAAGAAAAUCAACUUGUGGCAUUGAUUCCAUACAGCGACCAAAGGCUGCGACCCAGGAGGACGAAAUUGUAUGUAUCCGCAUCAGUGGUGGUCUGCCUGUUACUGUCCGGUCUGGCUGUCUUCUUCCUCUUCCCUCGCUCUAUUGAUGUGUCCUAUGUCGGGGUGAAGUCGGUUUUUGUCAGCUACGACCAAGAAAAGCGCAGCGUCUAUCUCAACAUCACGAACACUCUCAAUAUCACCAACAAUAACUACUACUCAGUGGAGGUGGCCAACAUCACAGCUCAGGUGCAAUUUGCCAAGACGGUGAUCGGUAAAUCUCGCAUCAGUAACACCACUGCCAUCAGUCCUCUGGACAUGAAACAGAUUGAUUACAUGGUCCCCACCACCCUCGCUGAUGAGAUGAACUACAUGUAUGACUACUGUACUCUGCAAACCAUCAAGGUCCACAAUAUUGUUGUCAUGAUGCAAGUGACCGUCACCACAACAUACUUUGGUCAUGCGGAACAAGUGUCGCAGGAGAUGUAUCAGUAUGUGGACUGUGGUGGAAACACCACAUCUAUCAAAGCACUGCCCAAGGCGUUCAGCAUCCCACAUGCUGCUGAGUGACCCCGGGACAAGCCCUAACUCAGGCCUGGAAGCCGGUCCACUGCGUUUACCUUUCGCCUCCACCUGCUGUCUCUUAAAAUCUGUUGUUGUCACAAUACCACAGUGUUCCCUUCAAUAUCAAAGAAAUCAACACCAAGAUCAGAAACGGAUCUAUAUGGAAGCGCGGAAUUAUGACUUUUCAUGUCAUAACUUCAAAAUGUUAGAUGUAAUAUAUCCAUAUCUCACAGUUACCACUUACCAUGCUGUUUAUCUCAAAGUAAGAGACUGCGUGUUGAGAUCAUCACUCACUCGUCUGAUUUUGUUAAGAUAGUAAUUGAUCAUAAUGUGUUGUUAAAAUUCAAUUCUAAAGAGUCUAUCCCAUAGUCACAGUUUAAAACUCAGCCCUUUCACACUGGACAAAAAAUCCACCAACAUCCGCUAAUAUAUGUUUUUUUUUCUUUUCUGUCACAUUCCCACGACAUAUGACUCUGCAGUAGUCACAGGUGUUUAUCGGCUCCAGCCCUACUCAUUUGGGAUGGAAACAUGCCUUUGUUGAAGUUAAGCACGCUUGCUUGUAAUACUUUUCUGUCUGUCUCUGUUCAAGCAGCUCAUACAUCGUUUAGUCUGCGCUGAGUAUUUAAAGGGGACCGAAGUAAAGGACAUUAACAAGUAAACACUGUUUUAGUGUCACUGGCCUCUGUGUCACUACAUGCGCUUGUCAGCUAUCUAGGGUUUUUUUUUUUUCAACAUCACUUUGUUGGCCUUUGUAUUGUCUGGCUUUACUGACAGGACAGCUUCAGUGAUGAUAGGAAGCAGUGUGUGUGUGUGGGGGGGGGCAUGCAACAAAGGGCCCUAUGCCAAGACUCAAACCCAGGGCCAUCACAGGGAGGACAAAGCCUUUGUACAUAAGACACCCGUUCCACCAACUGAGCUAAUUGGCACCCUAGGCUGUGUAUUGUUUUUGUCUUUAUUCCUCCUUAGUUUCAGUAUCAAUACCUAUACUUUUUUUUACGGCAAAUCGUUUUUUAAUUGCUGUUUGCACAAUAUGCGAAAGAAUUUCAAUGUGGUAAACAUCAUUACAUUAUUCAUUUUGCGCCAGGACCAUCAUUUGAACAUAUAAAACCAUUACAAAAUCUUUCGAUCGAGCUGUUGUAGCUUAGUGGGUUAAGUUAACAACUCAGAAGGGCAGGGUUUCAUAUCAUGUUUGGAAUAUUCUAUUGUACUCUUCACCUAUUGUUUUAACACUAAGCUCACUAUUAUUUUGUGUUUCUUUUCAGUUUUCUGUCGCAGUUUGGUUGGGUUUAGGCAGCAGAAAUACUUUGUUAGAUGUAAGUGGCAAAGAUUCUUGGUUCUUGGUUUAGGCAUAAGAAUAACUUCUACCAUUUGGGUAUAUUUGCAGUCUUUUUUCCCUGAGACACUUAGCUAUGACAUUACGAAAACAUAAUUGCACAGUUACAGCCAAGUUUUUUGACUGUUGUACUUUAAUUUAAAAAAAGUAUCCUUGUGUUUUCAUUGCAAGAGUAAAUUAAUUAAUUUUAUAUUAUAACAAAAAAAAGCCCCCUCAGUCACUUCAUCUUGGCACCAGGCCUGCCUUGAUUUGAUUUUGUAUGGAUUUUGCUCAAGAAUAUUGAUUCAUUUCAGUUAUGAUGAUACUGUAAAUGAUAUCUUGUCUUUCUUUUGUUUCUUCUUUAACCCUGAUUUAUGAUUUGUCAGUUUAACACCUAAGCAAGGAGGGAAUAAAAAAAAAAAAAAAAAAUUGAUGGUAUUUGACUACCUACCAAACGAUAGUGCACUUUAUGUCUGUUUUAAAAUGCACACACAAUUGGCAACCCCAAUCUCUCUAGCCUGUUCCUCUGACACAGUUUGUUGUGGCGAAGAAUCAACAAAAAGUGGGCAUGCUUUAGAGUUUUCUGCUCAAACCCUGUGUCUGAUUCUGAAAUAAGAUAAUGUUGCUCAUAGUGUUUCUUUCUGACUGCAAUGUCUGCUAUGAUGUGUGCAAUCUGUUGUCUUAACUACUGAAGUAUGUUGCUGUUAGGUGCCCACCCAAUUUUUGUUUUGUUUCCAAAAACCAAGGAACUCCUGGUAGGGUGGGGUUCACAUCCCUGUGGUCUAUAUUUAGGCAUUUUGAGAAAUAUAAUUUUUUUGUUAACUUUUUUUGAUUGCUUAUUUGAGAUUUAAAAAAAAAAAAACUAAUGUCUGCUAUUUAAAGACUUAAGGGACAGUGACAUCAGGGUUUGAAAAAUAUUUCACAGUAAAAUAAUGUAAUUUCAGUGGAAUCCAGACAAAUGUGCAUUUUGCAUUUUUAUGCAAAGCUUUUAAAUCAGUCCAACUUGAUGAAAUUUGUCAAAUGUUUUUGCACUACUGAAUAAUGGCAACCUAUAUUACAAAGGUUGCUCUUUAGGGAAAUGGAGAGCAGAGAAGUUAUCAUAGCCUGCUACCUGAGAGAGAGAGAGAGAGAGAGAUUUUCAACAUCACUCAUCAAUGCAAAGAGCAUGAGGAUGCCACUAGUUGGUAGUUUAAGCACAAUUAUGAGAUAGUUACUCUGUGAUUAGCAUUAGCAGAGGUUUUGUAACAUCACAGAAUGCUAGGCUAGCAGUUUCCCAAAGUCAGAGUAAGAUGGCAAUCAAGUGUAUUUUCUAAAAUGGCGGACUGGUGUAGGGCUGCAACUGACAGCAGUUUAAAUUAAUGAUUAAUGUGUCAGAAAAAUUGCUAGUCCUCACAAUUAAAAGCAAACCGGCAAAUAUUUGACAUUUGUGAUUCAUAAGUUAUCAAAAGCGGUGCAAUAACUACUCAAAAACUCCUGGUGCACCGCCAACAAAUUAUGAUAUGCAUUUCAGUUUAAUGCAAAUACAAUGCAGACAUGUUGACAGAAAAUCAGACCACUGAAGUCUUCAGGUCGAUAAAUCAUGAAGGGCUGCUUAAUUAUGAUUUUAUAGUUAUCAUUAUUAGUAGUAGUUGUGGUAGAAUUUAUGAAAUCAAAAUGCUAACUUUCUAAAAAAAAAUGUAAUUGUGUUAUUAUAUUCUGCUCUACCUGUCCUACUGAUAAGUGCUUAUCUUAAAGUUUAGGGCAUCCUAUGAUUUAAUGGCUGUUAUGAAUUUACAUGUUGAUUUGCGCAUCAUGCUAUCCAAUCACUUUCACAUUAUUUUACCUGUGUUUGUCUUUCCUUGGGAAUGGUGUUCUUAAGGUUUCUACUUUAAAAAUAUGAAUAGGAAUAUUUUGUCACACAUGUGAUGUUAAAAAGCUGUAUAUUUUUUAAUCUUUGACUUAAAAAUGAUCCUGUUGUAUAGACCUAUUUUGAACUGAAAAACAUCUGACAUAUCUAGAAAUGUGUACAAUUUAUGUCAACAUCCUGUAAAUACUUAAAAAUUGUGUUUUGAAGAUCUUCGCACAAACUUUGAUAAGCUACAAGAGUUACAUUUGUAUUGAAUGCGAUAUGAAGGAAAGCAUACAAAUAAUUGUCUGACAUACACCCUUGACUUGGUUAACAAUCCCUAUUAACAUCUAAAAUUUGAAAAGCGGUAUUAGACUCCUACCUCUAAUGUCAUUUUAAACAUUUUGUUGGUCAUUAUUAUUCAAGUGAUUGUUUGUUGUGGGAGUAUGAAUAAAGAUUUAAAACGUGA